AUGACUGUCCUGCUCGCUGCCGCACGCUCUGCGAGAACGCUCAGGCCAGCGGCUACGCGCGCGUUCACGACUCGGCCUGUGAACGGUUUUGUCGGCGCCGUCGGCAACACCCCCCUUAUAUACCUGGAGCAGCUGUCGAAGAAGACCGGCGCACAUAUAUACGGCAAGGCCGAGUUCCAGAACCCAGGAGGGAGUGUGAAGGAUCGCGCCGCGCUGGGAGUCGUCGAGAAUGCGGAGAAGUUGGGCUUGUUGAAGCCUGGUGGCACGGUUGUCGAGGGGACCGCUGGCAACACCGGCAUAGGUCUCGCGCACGUCUGCCGAAGCAAGGGCUACCGCUGCGUGAUCUUCAUGCCGAACACGCAAAGUCAAGAAAAGAUUGAUCUUCUGCGCAUGCUCGGCGCCGAAGUCUACCCCGUCCCUGCCGUCGCGUUCGAAAACCUGCAGAACUACAACCACCAGGCACGUCGGUUCGCCGAGGCCAACGAAAACGCGGUCUGGACGGACCAGUUCGACAACGUCGCAAACGCCGAUGCGCACUAUCGCACGACCGGGCCGGAAAUUUGGGAACAGACGAACGGCGAGGUCGACGGCUUCAUCUGCGCGACUGGUACGGGCGGCACGCUCGCGGGUGUCGGUCGUUAUUUGAAGGAAGCAAGCAAGGGCAAGACGCAGGUGUGGCUGGCGGACCCCCCGGGCAGCGUGCUCCACUCGUAUAUCAGCAGCGGCGGCAAGUUGACAGAACGAAGUGGUGGCUCUAUCACCGAAGGUAUCGGUCAGGGCCGUAUCACGGAUAACUUGGGUACAUUCGUGAAGGACGUCGACGGCGCACUGAACAUCCAGGACGAGAAGAGCAUACGGAUGGUGUAUGAACUUCUCGACACUGAGGGGCUCUACAUCGGUGCAAGCUCGGCUCUAAAUGUCGUCGCUGCGGCAGAGCUUGGAGAGAAGCUUGGGCCGGGCAAGAAGGUCGUCACUAUUCUUUGUGACGGUGCCUAUCGCUACCAGAGCAGGUUGUUCUCGAAGAGCUGGCUGAAGGCAAAGGGGUUAGAUGGUGCUAUUCCCGAGCACCUGAAAAAAUAUGCAAUUUUGGAUUGA